AUGUCAUUAGAUGCUUUAAGAAACGCGCUCAAUGAGAUUCGCGACAAGUUGACAGUAUCUGUUUCACAGCCUAAACUACUGAAAGCAUUAUGUCGAAACCAUAAUUUAGAUUUGAAUACUGAUGAAUGCAAAGAUAUAUUGAAGAAAGGAACUGAGUUUUUCAAUCAACGACUAGACGAGAGAGUGAAUGAGUUGAUCGACGAAUGCAAAUUACAAGAGAAGAUUGACCAAUUAGCUAAGAUUACGGCCGAGUGCGUUUCGUUCAAUGAAGAGUUAGGCGUUGAUUUAGGUUAUCGGUUUGGAAAGCCGAGAGACGAAGUGUUACCUUACAUAAAAAAAGUUCAGUCAAACUAUCAAGAAUCACUAGAGAGCGAAUAUGUCGGUUUACAACAGGAACUCGCUAGGCUCCAAGCCGAAUAUCAAGAUAAGUCUGUUCAACUAGGAGAGAGAAUGAAACAAUUUGAGGCAAGAAUGAUGUCGUAA